AUGGCGCCGAAGAAGAAAAAGAAGCCAGCAGCGAAUCCCGCUCGAGGCUUCGCCACCACUUCUCUUCCCUCCAAAUCGAAAGUGAUCGCCGAGCCGGACGAUGCUUCUGUCGCCGAUGACCGACAGUCGCGGGCAGCAGGCGGCACCGCGCCCGUUCAUGUGGGUGAAGACCCAGGAACUACCGAUGGAAAGCAGCCUACAGAUGGCGUACAGAUCCAAGAUAUGACUCCCGAGGAACUUGAAGCCCAUCUGGAAAACUCCGAACUAGAGUCAAUGCUUGAUAAGUAUUGCCCGAGAGUUCUCGCCGAUGCUCGGCGGCAGGUAGCGAGACUUGAGGCUGAACGGCGUCAACUGCGCCUUCAAACACAGAAACUGUCCACCUACAACUGGCUGUCAGAAGAGGUGACUCGUGAGCUGUUUGAAAUGGCGAGUGAGUUUGAACACGGCACAUCAGCUGCAGGCCGUGUCAAGCUCCAUGAGAUUGAUGAGGAAAAGCUCGUCGUGGAUCUGUGGACCUUGGAACGAGUCUUACGAUCCUUGAACUUUCCAAAGGUGCCUGAAGCCAUGGCUUACAUUGCAGAACUUGCUCUUUCGAAUCGAGUGACAUCUCUUAUCGAUUCUGUGCCAGGCUUGGCCGAAGCGCUGCAAUGGUAUGCCGGCAAUACUCAGUCUGACGAGCUCACCAACUAUGAGCAGACAAGUACCACAAAGACCGAGCGGAGUGGUGGAAGCACUCCGGCUCAAGCAUUAUCUGAACCAACUACUGCUACUCAGAGUAGACAAAGCCCUGCUUCCACUCCUGCAAAAGUCUCGGAAGCAGAGGACGAUUCACUUGCCUCUUCGGACAGCGAGGACGAAGACGACCCUUCCAAGCUGACGGACAGAUACAUCCGAAUCCAAUCGGGGAUAUGGGCUGCGCAGAACCAGAUCUCCAAAGAUCGUCAAGAUAAGGGACCCAUGAAAGAGAGAAGAUUGAUGAGGUUGAAUCAGAAAUUGCAACAAAUACGCCGCGAUCCACUCUUUGAUGAGUGGGAAGCAGAAGCUCAAUGGAGCACCAACUUGCUGGAACUCCAGACCGUACAACAGCAGCGUAUGCGUGCAGCAGCAGCUACUAACCGCCGAAAGAAGAAGCAAGCCCUUUCUGCAGAGACGGUAGGCAGCGACCCAGAGGCAACGGAGACCACAUUUGGGGAACGCCAGAUGGAUGACGACGAAGACGCCCUCUUAGGGGCCAUGUUCGGAGAGUCUGAAGAUGCUCCCUGCGCUGCCCAAAACCAAACGGCGUCUGAGAGCCCCGUUAAGAUUCUUGACUUUCCAAGAUGGACAGGAUUGUCACCGAGGAGACUGUUGGAAGAACUGUGCAAGAGUCACGAUUCGAAGUCUCGAGUUCGGUUCCGGGCACUGGUCCAAACUUCAUAUUCAGCCAGACACGAACUAGAGAUCUCCUGGGCCGUUGACAUCGUGCUUGACCCAUACACGGUGGCCGCGCUGCCUUGCGAAAUUUCCGCGCAGACGACCGAGCGAAGCUGGAGUCUGGUAAUGAAAGACGUUGCUGCAGCAAAUAUCGCGCAGUCCGAAGCUUACAUCUCUACUCUGGCACUCUUUUUACUCUCAACAAUCGGAGCGGGCGAGGCAAGAGCUAUUGGCCGUCUGCCAACUGUCUGGCGUGACCUGUUCAAGGAUUUGACUGCUGGCAAGCAAGCUCUGGUCAAUGAGGAACACAAGACGACCCUGCGUCGGCUACGGGCACUCGUUCACGAAAUGCAAGACAAGCUGAAGCAACAGCAGGACCCACCCUCCGUUGCGCGCACACAAAUGCAGGGCGUUUCGACAGAGCGACGUCGGCCACGACCACCUCCUGCCACGAAGAUGAGCCCAGAGCAGGUUUCUAGAGAAUGGAGCUCCCGGACUUCUCGACCAUCGUUCCAACAAAUGCUCGAGGUCCGUCAACAACUCCCAGUACACCAGUACAAGGACAGAAUAUUAUCGUGCAUCGAGGGAAACCCGGUGAGUGUGAUAUGUGCAGAAACCGGCGCUGGGAAGUCCUCAGGGAUUCCCGUCCUGAUUUUAGAGCAAGAAUUUUCCACGUCUCGAGACUGUCGCAUACUGGUCACUCAACCACGAAGGAUCUCUGCUGUUACACUGGCGAGGCGGGUAUCUCAGGAGCUUGGGGAGAGUCGGAAUGACAUUGGGAGCAUCCGAUCACUGGUAGGGUAUGCUAUACGAUUAGAGAGCAAAACCAGCAAUUCAACAAGAAUCACAUAUGCUACAACUGGUGUUCUGCUCAGGAUGCUGGAAGAGUCUCCAGACCUCGACGACCUGGACUAUCUGAUACUUGACGAGGUACACGAGCGGACGAUGGACCUGGAUCUGCUGUUCAUUGCAUUGCGAAAGUUACAAAAGCGGCGGACUGGCCUGAAGAUUAUUCUCAUGUCAGCCACCGUCGACGCAAAAAAGUUUUCCGACUACUUUGAUGGUGCACCAGUGCUGGAUCUGCCUGGCAGGACGUUUCCGGUUGAUGUCAAGUUCUUGGAGGACGCGAUUGAAGCCACGAAUAACCUUGGCUGCGUCAAUGACAAAGCCCUAGUGCUGCAAGACGAAGGUCCGGACUUCGAUGAACCCUAUGCGAACGAGAAGGGACGACCCAUCAUCAGCGAGCCAGCGAAGUACAGCAGUCAAACACAGCGUACGGUCGCCAGCAUCGACGAGUAUCGAAUCGACUACAACCUCAUCGCAAAACUUGCUGCAUGUAUUGCUACGAGACCUCAGUUUGUCAAGUACAGUGCCGCUCUCUUGAUCUUUAUGCCGGGCAUAGGCGAGAUGCGACGUCUCCACAACCUUCUCCUGGCUAUGGACACGUUCAGUCGCAACUGGGUUGUUCACCUGCUGCAUUCGACCUUCUCGACGGAAGAACUCGAGCGGGCAUUUGAACGACCUCCGCCGGGUCACAGAAAGAUCGUCAUCGCAACCAACAUCGCCGAAACUGGUAUCACCAUCCCCGAUGUGACGGCCGUGAUUGACACGUGCAAAGAGAAAAUCAUGCGCUUUGAUGAACGUCGCCAGCUAUCCCGGCUCACGGAGGGAUUCAUAUCUCGCUCCUCCGCACGCCAACGCAGAGGUCGUGCCGCCCGUGUUCAAGAUGGUCUCUGUUUCCACCUUGUUACCAAACAUCGACACGACAACCAGAUGCUCGAGCAACAGGUACCGGAAAUGCUUCGGCUGAGCCUGCAAGAUCCCAUGUUGCGCAUCAAAGUCUGGGAUUUGGGCUCGAUUGAGGAGACGCUCAAUGCGGCCAUUGAUCCGCCAUCCAGGAAGAACAUUCUCAGGGCUAUUGAGAAGUUGAAGGACGCAGGCGCACUGACGAAGAACGAAGCACUCACCCACUUAGGCCAGCAGAUUGCGAGGUUGCCUCUCGAAGUUUCAUUGGCAAAGCUCGCGAUCUUCGGAGUGGUUUUCAAAUGCUUGGACCCCUUGUUGACCAUGAUCUCUCUAUUGGCUUCCAAAUCACCCUUCCUGCCGACGUCGGCCUCAAGCAGUGGCGGGCAACAACCUAACGCUCGACUUAGCUUCAGUAGAGGCGAGUCCGACCUCUUGUCCUCACUUAACGCAUACGAGAGCUGGAAAAAGGCCAGACUCGCUCGAACCGCCCAAGACUUCUGCCGCAAGAACCACGUUAGCGACCAAACAAUGGGCCAGGUCGAAGAGCAGAAGAUCCAGUUGUUGGUCUAUCUCGUAGACGCCCGCCUGGUCGUCCUCGACCCGGAAGAGAAAGGACAUCUGAACCGAGCGCGUUCGUACCACGGCCACGGCCUACCCAGCUACAGCAUUCCAACUCGAUACAAUCAACCAGUACCCGACCGUGCGCUCAACGCCAUAAGCGCCAUGGCGCUCUAUCCACGCAUCCUCAUGCGCGAAGGCAAAGGCUGGCGUAACGUCUAUACUAAUCAGAUCGUCACUGUGACUUCUCUCUCGAUCAACCAUCCUUCCCACUCGGCCAAACCGCCGCGCUGGCUGUCCUUCUAUGAAGCGAUGCAGAACACCCGGUCCGGCAAUCUCAAUGUCUUCGAGACCUCCGCGAUUCCAGAGUCCGCCCUUGCGAUCCUGCUAGGCAGCGAUGCGGAGUUCAAGUUCUACGCCGGCGUAAUGGUCUUGGAUGGUGGAAAGGUGAAGCUGAGCGUGAGGCACUGGAGCGAGUUAAUGGCAAUCAAGAUUUUGAGAGAAAGGGUCGAAAAAGUGUUGCAACAAUGUUAUAGUGCUCCGGGCCAGGAGGUGGCCGAACAAGAUAGGAAGUGGUUGGAUCUUUGGUUGAGGAUUGAGACGGCACAGGAGUCAUGA